CCAACACAAAGCUUUCCGACAUCGCGCCUCUUCACUCUCGCAAUUCAUAGUUUCCCGCGCCAAAUGUUUUUUAACACACCCAAACCCAAUGUAUCCCUCCAAUCUCAUUAACCCUAACCAAACAAGCCUCAACCCCUCAUCCUCGUCCCCUCCGAAAUCCUAAUUCUCAUCCUCGUCCUCGUCCUCGUCCCAUCAAAAAACCUCAGCGAACUCGAAGAAGAAGAAGAACAUGUUUUAUUCUCAAACCUUUUUGGCGCGAAAGGGCCCACUCUCCACCGUGUGGAUCGCCGCUCACCUCCAACACCGCCUCAAGAAAUCGCACUACACCGCCACCGACAUCCCCUCCACCGUCCUGCGAAUCAUGGACCCCGGUGUCCCCAUCGCGCUGCGAAUGUCGGGGCACCUUCUCCUCGGCGUCGUGAGGAUAUACUCCAAGAAAGUGGAAUACCUUCACCAGGACUGCAAGGAUGCACUCACCGGUCUCCACAAGGCGUUCGCCACGCUUCAGUUCGCCCAGCCGGAGGAGGCCAGGCCGGCACCGUUUCAAUCGGUGACUCUCCCCGGAACGUUCGACCUCGAUGCGCAAAACAUAGACGACCAAAUAGAGUACAUCAGGGCUGAGGAUCUUCACAUGAGGAAUCCAGAAGACAUCACGCUGACAGAUCUAAUUCCUGUCACAAUGGAUGAGUAUGUAGCUGUAUCUUUUGAUGAGGAUAUAAUAAUGGAUUCUUCGCGUACAGAAGUGCUGCCUGAUUCUGGGGGGACUGUACCAAUGGAGGACAUUAUUCCCCAAUCUCCAUUGAGCAAUGCGGUGGGUGCUGAAGAUCAUGGUCCAAGUGUUCACAGUCCUUCACAGGCAAUCCAACCCGAGCCAUUUGAGCUUCUUCGUCGCACUGCCAACAAUGACAAUAUUCAAGUAUUUCAGCAUUCUGGUGGAUUGUGUCCCAGUGUUCACAGUCCUUCACAGGGAACCCAAGUUGAGGUUGGUCGGGAUGCCAACAAUGAUGAUAAUGUAGAAAACCCUCAGGUAUUUACAAAUCGUGAGGAUAAUGAUGUUGCUGAACCAAACGGAGGUCUUGACCAAACUACGAAUGAAAAGGAUCAUGUUCCUGGAAUGAUGCGUGAUUUGAAUUUUAGGAUGUCUGUGCCAUCUCCUAUGAAUCCACUAACUCCACCUACCUCUCAAGGAGGUGCCUCAGAUGCACAAGCUCAUGAUGAGAUUAAUGUUCCCGAUUUUGUGGUCCGUGAAAGUCCACCCAUACAGCAGCCACAACGGAGAGGAAGAAAAAGAAAACAAUUCUUUGAUGAACCCAUAGUGUUAACAAAUGGAUUCAUGAGGAGUGCACUUAAUAACACUCGUGAUAUACUGCGGAAAAGAAGGGAUGUUCCUUCAUCUAGUUUGGGUACCUGGAAAUUGAACAAUAUUCGAAGAAAAGAACACAUUUUUGACCAGCCCUUGUUAACUGGGAUUGGCAAGGAUCUUUUGGACAUAUCCAAAAGUGAAUAUGUACGUUCAAGAUCUCAUUUGGUCAUCUUUGAGGAAGAUCAUGCAGAUGUUAGGAUGGGUGAAGAAACUCUUUCUCCAACUAACGAACCCCCUGAAGAAUCAUUAGCUGCUACUAAUGAACCCCCUGAAGAGCCAAUAGCUGCUACUAACCAACCCCCUGAAGAGCCAAUAGCUGCUACUGACCAUCCCCAUGAAGAGCCAAUAGCUGCUACUGACCAAACCUCUGAAGAGGCAAUAACUGCUACUUCUCCUGUUACUGAUAUGCAAGUUGAACACAAUCGAAAUGUUGCUGUCACCCCCCCUGCCACCGCCCAAGCACCACAUGAAGAUGAUUAUACGAGCCCUAAUAGAAGAGAUUGCUUCAAUAUGCCUUCAUCUCAUAACAUAUCCAUUGCUUCUUUGAAUACAAAUAUUGCAUCUGAGAGAAUGCAUACACUAGAUUAUGCAGUGUCACCUGGAGUUCAUGGAUUGGAGGCAAUGCAAACACCAGAUUCAGAUACUCAUGACUUGAUGAGUUCUGAUAAAACAGAUGAGUUUUGGUUUCUGAAAUUGGACAGCACCACACCAGCCAGUUCACAAGGUACAAGUGGAAGUAACAAGACAUUGUCUGAAAGGACCAAGCAUGCAGCUCAAUAUUUUGAAAGACUUUCUUCAAUCUCCCCAAUUUUGGAGGAACCUGCUGGAGAUCUCAGCUUAAACAAGAUCUUGAAAGGGAAAACUAAAAAUAUUGCCGCUCGUAUGUUCUUUGAAGUAUUGGUUUUGAAGACUAAUGGACUUCUUGAUGUACAACAAGAAGAACCUUAUGGUGAUGUCAGCUUGAAGUUGGUCCCUAUGCUUUGAAAUGGUCAAAGUUGAUAUUUUCAUUGAGUUCCUUGUAAUCGUUUGCAGGUCCUUAUGUAUAUAGAUGGAUUUCUUCUCUAGAACGGAAAUGCAGUUGGGGUGUGUUUAGCAGACACAAGGCAAAUAUGACCAGCUUGAAGAGAUAUUUUUGUCACUGUUUUGCAUGUAUAUUUGCAUCCUGUUUAAUUUAUAUUAAACUGUAAUGUAAUGAUUGACUAUUUUUUAUUUAUUUAAUCCAUAUAUAGUUUGAAAAGAACAUAAUUUAUGAUUAAAUUUGAUUA